CGUACGCCACUACGCAAGGGUUCACAAGCGAAAUUUAUGCCCACAUACACUAAAAAUUUCACCCACAGCUUUUUAUCUCGUCGCAACUUUUCCACUUUCUCAAACCAUCAACCACAAUCCUUUCUACCAACGCCUUGUUAAUAUUUCGUUGGAAAAUCAGUCAAGAUGACGUUCCACAAGGAAGUUAAGAACAGCUCGUACUACAGCCGCUUCCAAACCAAGUACAAGCGCCGUCGUGAGGGAAAGACCGAUUACUAUGCCCGCAAGCGUUUGAUCACCCAGGCCAAGAACAAGUACAACGCACCCAAGUACCGCCUGGUUGUCCGCUUCACCAACCGCGACAUCAUCACCCAGAUCGUCACCUCUGAGAUUGCUGGCGACAAGGUCUUUGCCGCUGCCUACUCCCACGAGCUCAAGGCUUACGGCAUCGAGCAUGGUCUUACCAACUGGGCUGCUUCCUACGCUACUGGUCUACUCCUUGCCCGACGUGUUCUGAAGAAGCUCGGCCUCGACGAGACCUUCACUGGUGUUGAGGAGGCUGAUGGAGAGUUCACCCUAACCGAGGCUGCUGACCAGGACGGUGAGGAACGCCGACCAUUCAAGGCCUUCCUCGAUGUUGGUCUUGCCCGAACUUCCACUGGUGCCCGUGUCUUCGGUGUCAUGAAGGGUGCUUCUGAUGGUGGUAUUCUCGUCCCUCACUCCGAGAACCGUUUCCCCGGUUUCGAUAUGGAGUCUGAGGAACUCGACGCCGAGACCUUGAAGAAGUACAUCUACGCUGGCCACGUCGCUGAGUACAUGGAGACUCUUGCCGACGACGAUGAGGAGCGAUACAAGAGCCAGUUCCAAAAGUACCUCGAUGACGACCUAGAGGCUGACGGUCUUGAGGAUCUGUACACCGAGGCCCACGCCGCCAUCCGAGAAGACCCCUUCAAGAAGGCUGAGGGUGAGGGUGAGAAGAAGACCAAGGAGGAGUGGAAGGCCGAGUCCAAGAAGUACAGAACUGCCAAGAGCACCAAGGAGGAGAAGGUCGAGAGAGUCAAGGCUAAGAUUGCUGAGCUCCGUGAGGAAUAAACGGGGGGCUUUGGGAAAGGAAAAUGGCAUUCCAGAUUUAUGGCUGUCUUCAGGCAUCGGAGUUUAUAGGGAUUGCUCAUCAUUGACAGGUCACUAAACGAAUUAAUGAAGUUUUAUGCACCGUCAUCGUUUUUUAUUUAAACCAUUCUUGCAGUUGUCU